CUCCCCCGUCGGCUCACUCCUCGUGCCAUCCGUCGGUUGCGUCUCGCCGCCGCCGCCGCCGCUGGCAUGAGUUCCACGCAGUUCAACAAGGGGCCCUCGUAUGGGCUUUCGGCUGAGGUCAAGAACCGGCUCCUGUCCAAAUAUGACCCUCAGAAGGAGGCAGAGCUCUGCAGCUGGAUCGAGGGGCUCACAGGCAUGUCUAUUGGCCCCGACUUCCAGAAGGGUCUGAAGGAUGGAAUUAUCCUGUGCACACUCAUGAAUAAGCUGCAGCCAGGCUCGGUCCCCAAGGUCAACCGCUCCAUGCAGAACUGGCAUCAGCUAGAAAACCUCUCCAACUUCAUCAAGGCCAUGGUCAGCUACGGCAUGAACCCUGUGGAUCUGUUCGAGGCCAACGACCUGUUUGAGAGUGGGAACAUGACACAGGUGCAGGUGUCUCUCCUCGCCCUGGCAGGGAAGGCCAAGACAAAGGGGUUGCACAGUGGUGUCGACAUCGGUGUCAAAUACUCAGAGAAGCAGGAGCGAAACUUCGAUGAUGCCACCAUGAAGGCGGGACAGUGUGUUAUUGGGCUCCAGAUGGGCACCAACAAGUGUGCCAGCCAGUCAGGCAUGACUGCAUAUGGCACAAGAAGGCAUCUGUAUGACCCCAAGAACCAUAUCCUGCCACCCAUGGACCACUCGACCAUCAGCCUGCAAAUGGGCACCAACAAGUGUGCCAGCCAGGUGGGCAUGACGGCUCCUGGGACCCGGCGGCACAUCUAUGACACCAAGCUGGGGACCGACAAGUGUGACAACUCCUCUAUGUCACUGCAGAUGGGCUACACGCAGGGCGCCAACCAGAGCGGCCAAGUCUUUGGCCUGGGCCGGCAGAUAUACGACCCCAAGUACUGCCCACAAGGCCCAGCAGCUGAUGGGGCUCCAGGGGCUGCUGGUGACUGCCCAAGCACAGGGACAGCCCCAGAGUAUCCCCCCUACUACCAGGAGGAGGCUGGCUACUGAGGAUCCUGUGCAGGGUGUCUCCCUACAUCGCUGCCCCAUCUGGGUUUUCGGGGUUUUCUGUGUUUUCAUCUUGUUUUUCUACGUGUCCAAGUGCUUCCACCUGAGGGUCUGUGGGGAAGGGGUGAAGGCCAGAUCCAGAUGUGUGUAGGGUGGGGGUCCCUGCCCAGACACAUCCAGGCAGCAAAUUUCCCAUUAGGUUUUGGACUGAGCUGUGUGUGUGUGGGCAAGAAACCUGGGCAGGAAGGGGAACUGGCCCUACAUGGCUUCCGGUUGCUUCUGCUCCUCUUCCUUUUUCUCUGCCUGUCAGUUUGUGGUUUCUGUGCCCACAAGUUUCAGGUAGUUUUAAUGAAAUGGUAAUUUUUUUCAGGGGAAUGGGGUGGGGAUUGUGGGGGGUGCUGGGAAGGAAGUAGGUCCCAUAGGAGAAGGCCAGGCCACAGUCCUGAGAUAUUUUAGGCAUCAUGAGGGAAUGGAUUUCCCCAGGACCCUCCUAGGUGCCCAGUGGGGAAACUGAGGCCUAUACAAGACAACAGAGUUCUGAGUGGUUGAGGCAAAGUCGGACACCCCCCUCCAUAGUGUCCCCUCUCCCCUGCCAAGUACUGCACAGGGAUCCCCACCUGGAGGCCCUCCAGGGGACCAGCCCAACCCAGAAGCGCUGGGACCAAGAGAUAAUGUGAAAUACCGACCAAAGGCAAUAAAAGCCUCUUUUUAGGAAAAGA